AUGCACGAGUCAGACCAAGGUGCAUAUCAAUGUGUGGUCAGAAACUCAUCUGGGGAAGAAAAGACACGGAAGGCCAGGCCCAGAUACUCCACUCCUCCAGAAAACACAAAUCUUGACAGUAAGUCUAAUCUUGCGGAUGAGCCAUUUGAUGAUUCUUCAACUCCACACAUCAUAUCCAUUAAAUUUCCUGUUAUUUCACAUUUAUCAGUAAAGCAAAAGGAAAUUAAAGAAAUCAACAUAAACAUUCCUGUAAACCAGCAGGUAGGCUCAUACAGCACUAGUGCUGUUCAGCGGACGGCAGCAGGGGAGCUGAGAUCUCCUGAAGCCCGAGGCUUUGUUACGAUGGAGAGGAUAUUUGGAUCCUGGGGUCUGAAGUGUUGGCCAUCUUUGCGCUCCUUCAGAAACCAUUCCACUAACACGGAGGUUGACUGCUGGGGAGUCAACUUUCAGGCCCAGUACCAUAUCCGAAGCAAAGAUGUCAGAAAGAUCCACAUGGCUGCCAGUAAGGGCAAAGUAGCCAGAGUGCAGCAGAUUCUGUUUAUGGGGAAAAAUGGCUUGAAUGACCCGGACAAGAAGAACAGAAAAAGGCCAAGAUUGGAAGUAGAAACAAAUGGCAUUUUUAAUGAUGAAGUAAUACCAGAAAGUAACAAAAUAUCUGAAGAAGAUGGAAUUGGGAAGAAAUGUGAGCUCAAGAAAGAUUCACUAUGGUCAACUAAAGAACUCUCUAACAAUGAUGAACUUCUGGAUGAUGGUCAGAUGCUUCCAAGGAAGGUGUUACUGACUGAGUUUAGAUCACUGGUGGUCAAUAACUCUACCUCCAGAAAUGCAUCCAGUGUAAGUGAUGAUUAUGGUCAACUGAAGAACUUCAAGAAAUUCAAAAAGGUCACAUUUCCUGGAGCAGGAAAACUUCCAUACAUCAUUGGAGGAUCAGAUCUAAUAGCCCAUCAUACUCGGAAGAAUAGUGAAUUAGAAGAGUGGUUAAAGCAGGAAAUGGAGGUGCAAAAUCAACAUGCAAAAGAAGAAUCUCUUGCUGAUGAUCUCUUUAGAUAUAAUCCUAAUGAAGAGUGCAUUGUUCCUAACAAGUCCACUCACUUUCCUAGGACUGCUCUGCAUUUGGCCUGUGCCAACGGCCAUGCAGAAGUGGUAACUGUUCUGCUACAGAGAAAAUGUGAGCUUAACCUCCGUGACAACCUAGAGAGGACACCCCUGAUCAAGGCUGUGCAAUGCCAGCAGGAGGACUGUGCACGUAUUCUUUUAGACCAUGGUGCUGAUCCCAAUGUGAGUGACAUCUAUGGCAACACUGCUUUACACUAUGCAGCUUGUGGUGAGCGUGUAACAACAGUGGCACAGCUCCUUUCGCACAAUGCAGACAUCGAGGUGAACAACAAGGAAGGCUUCACACCACUUUUGCUUGCUAUAAGGCAAGGAAACUAUGAAAUGACAAAGUAUUUGUUAACUAAAGGAGCAAAUGUACAUGCUGUUGAUAAGAAAAAAAGAACAACACUCAUGCUUGCUAUAGAUAAUGGAUCAACAGUUAUAGCCAGGCUGCUUCUUCAGCAAGAUAUUGAUGUCCUUUCAGAAGAUACCCUUGGAUGGACUGCCGAAAAUUAUGCUCAUAAGAGAGGUUUGAAUACCAUUUGGCAACUAAUUGAUAUGUACAAAGUGGACAAGGGAAUUAAAAAUUCUUCUCAAAAUAAUCGAAACUCUUCUCCAGGUUCGGACUCUCCUGGCAUCACUGUCAGUGAUGUGUCCAGUCAAACAGCUGGGGAUCUGAAAACUGAAGAACAAGACUUCAUAAUGAUGUCAAAGAAAGAAGAAGAACAGCCUGAUGGAAGUGACUAUAACCACCCACAGGAUAAAAUUGCCAUGCUAAAACCAGAAACACAAACGAUGAAAGAUCAGAAAGAAAAGAAAUAUCUUGAGGACACUGAAAUUACAAAAGAAAAAGAUGAUCUUCAAAAGAAAACAGUGAUUAAGGAAACAUCUACAAAAGUAAUGUUCCAGCAUGGUGGACAGCUUGACUUCCUGACAUCUGAGAAUACAAUGCUACAUUCUAAGUUGCAGAAUGAAAAAGCAAGCAGAGAAAGAUUGGAGACAGAAGUUGUAUCAGACAAUUCUAGACUAUCUACUGCUACCCGUGAUCAUGAGCAAAGUCAGGCAUCAGAAAGAGAACUAGGAUUUGCUUUCCAUAGUCUUAGAGCAAGAAAUGAGUGGUUUCUGUCUAAUCAGGAAGAAAACAUGAGCAUUCUUUCUCGACAGCUUUCUAAAGCUGAAGGUAAAGUCAGUAGCCUGGAAAUUGAGCUGAGUCACACCAGAGAUGCCCUUAGAGAAAAGACUUUGGACUUAGAAAGUGUGCAAAGAGACCUAAGCCACAUACGCUGUCAAAAGAAGAACAUUGAACACAAGUAUGAGAACAAACAAGAUAAACUGAAUAAAUACAUCAGAAAGCAGGAGUUCUUAGAAAAGAGAUUAUCUCAACUACAAAGUGAAAAUGAGUUGCUCCGACAGCAACUGGAUACUGCUCAGAACAAAGCUAAAAAUGAACUCCAAACUGAAAGGGAAAAAUGUCUUACCCUAGAAGGAAGGAAUAAAGAAUUACUCGACGAUUUUAAUCAUCUCAAAGAAAGAAUGACUCAAGGUGAAAAUGAGAAAAGAGAACUAGAAGUACGUGUGAGACACCAACUCCAACAAGAAUGGGCUGACAUGGAAAUACAACGAUUUGAGUCAGAGAGUUUGCUAGAAGCUACCUCCUACUAUACCAUUGAGAGACAGGACUUAAAGAAGAAAUUAAAUCAAGCCCUAAGUCAGGUUGUUGAUCUUUCAAGAAAACUGGAAGUUUCAACUUCAGAAGUCAGAAACCUUAAAACUCACCUGGCAAGGAUUUCACUGGAACACAGUAAGCUGGAAGAGUACAGACGGGACACUGAAGAAAGAGCAAGACAGAAAACGGUAGAAAAAUUAAAAGAAGUCGAUUGGUUUUUACAGGAUGAAUCACAAAACAGAUUACAGCAGUGGAGAGAGAAGGAUAAUUCUUCAUUUAGAAUGCAAAUGGAACUCAGAAUUAAAGAUCUCGAGUUUCAACUCUCCAAAAAAAUUUCUCAGGAAGAUUCCACUAGAGCUGAAUUGGAGAAAUAUAAACAAUUACACCGAGAAGAAGUAAAUACCAGCCUGUCAUUGGCAAAUCAACUAGACAAGACUACUGAGAGGUUAGCAGAGAUCAAUAGCAAACGUAGAGAGAAGGAAAUGGACACAUUCUUUGCCAAGAUGGAGCAAGAAUUUGACAAAAAUAUAACUAGAGCACUAAAAGAAGAUGCUGCUAAAUUUGAAUUUGAAUCCUCUGUAGCUGCUCCUCUAGGAUCUAUGGAUGGGUUAACUCCAACUCAAGCUCUACUUUUGAAGACGUCACAGGAAUAUGCACAGAUUUUGAGGAAAAACUAUAUGAUCUGAAAGAAAUGUAAAAUGUACUUGUCUGAUGGAGGGGGAAAAGAAGGCUGGCGGUGAGAGAACUGAGGCAGAAACCACCUCCCAAAACCACAUGUAAUGAAAAUACAGCAAAUACCACUAAUCCUAAAAGAGUGACCCAGAAGACUGCAACACACUGCCUACAUCUGGGGAAAAGAAAAGACCUUAAAGAAAAGGGUAAAGUAGCAAACUCAGCCCAGCAGGUUAGGAACAUUCAGGACCAUCAGAUGCUCCAUCCCCCUGGCUGGCAGUGCAGUGCUAAGGCCCCCCACUGUGAUGUGCAGCCUGCCACUCAUUCCUCCCAGCAGGCAUGAGCCCGCACAGCUGAUGCCACCACCAUUGCACCAGGUCACAUGGAGGGCAGCCCCACCUAGGGUACCUACAGGGGCAUAACACAGAGGUUCCUACCUCCGUUCUCGGCCUACUGGACCUGGCAGUGGAUGCAGACACUGCAGCCAGGUAGAAUUUUCAUGCUACCAAAGAGCUUUUCCUCCUGGUAGGCACCAGCACUGCGUACCUAUGACCCCACCAUCACUCCAGGUGCUGGAUAGCUCCAGAGAGUAGAGCUGGGCACUAGAGGGUGCCACCUACACAAAGGUAUUGUUCCAUAGUCAUCAUCAGAAUUAUGAAACAGCAAAAGAAUUUUGUACAAACCAGGAUACCUCAAACACCAGAAAGAGGGCUCAGUGAAACUGAAGUCACCGAUCUUCUUGAUUUAAGAUUUCAAAAUAAAAAUCAUAAACAUGCUCACAGAGCUACAGAAAAAUAUUCAAGAUCUCAGGGACAACUUCAAGAGAGAGAGAAAUAUGAAAAAUAUAGUAUCUGAAAUGAAACACACACUGGAGGGAUUUAAAAGCAGAUUAGAAGAGGAGAUGGUCAAUGGAACAGGAAUUAGAGAACAGGAAUAUAAAGAAGUUGAGGCACAGAGAGAAAAAACAUUCUAGGAAUGAAAGAAUAAUAAGACAACUCUGCAACCAAUCCCAAUGGAAUAAUAUUCGCAUUACAGGGGUAUCAAAAGAAGAAGAGAAAAGAAGAAAAUGUAGCUUUGAGGAAAUACUGAAAACUUUCCCAGUCUAGGGAAGGAAAUACUCGCUCAAGCCAUGCAAGUGCAAAGAUCUCCCAACUCAAGGGACCCUAGGAAGACACCACCAAGCCAUAUAAUAAUUAAAAUGGCAAAGAUCAAGGACACGGCCAGAGUAUUAAAAGAAGCCAGAGAGAGAAAAAAGAUCACAUACAAAGGAAGGCCCAUCAGGAUAUCAGCAGACUUCUCAGCAGCAAACUUACACGCCAGAAAGGAGUAGCAUGACAUAUUUAAUGAAAUGAAACAAGGGCCUCCAACCAAGAAUACUCUCCUCGGAAAGAUUAUCACUUAAAUUUGAAGCAGGGAUUAAACAAUAUUCAGAUAAGAAAAACUUGAGGGAAUUUACCUUCCACAGACCAUCUCUACAGAGUAUUUUAAAGGGACUGCUCCAAAGGCGAAAUAGCUGUCACGAGAGAAAAUAAAACCAUAGUAAAGGUAGUAGACCAAUUAAUUACUAAGCAAAUGCAAAAUUAAAUCAGUUACCCAAAAAGUCAGUCAACGGUGUUUGUUAUGCUUCAGAAGAUUGGAGACUGUUGAGAAUUAGGCUUGGGGUUGAUUAGUGAUUGUGCAUUGAGUCCCCUAUACCGAAUUUUUUUGUUGUUAACAACCAUGUGACCAAUAAAUAUGAGAGAUGCCCUCUCAAAAAAAAAAAGUUAGUCGAGGAAUACACAAAGAAUACAGGAUAUGACACCUAUAAUAAACAGAGGGGAGGAGGAAGAAAAAGAGGGGGGAAAAAAGGACCUUUAGAUUAUGUUUGAACUACUGUAAUGAGCGAGUUAAAGUUAGACUGUUAGGUAGUAAAGAAGCUGCCCUUGAACCUUCGGUAACUAUGAAUCUAAAGCCUGCAAUGGCAAUAAGUACACAUCUAUUGAUAAUAACCCUAAAUGUAAAUUCACUGCACCAAUCAAAAGACAGAGUUACAGACUGGAUAAACAAGCAAGACCUGUCUAUAUGCUGCCUACAAGAGACUCGCUUCAAACCCAAAGACACACACAGACUAAAAGUGAAGGGAUGGAAAAAGAUAUUUCAUGAAAAUAAUAGGGAGAAAAAAGCAGGAGUUGCAAUACUUGUAUCAGAAAAAUAGAGUUCAAAAAUAAAAAAAGUAACAAGAGACAAAGAAGAACAUUAUGUAAUGACAAAGAGGUCAGUCCAACAAUAAGAUAUAACCACUACAGAUAUCUAUGUACUCAACAUAGUAUUUGUUUCAUGUAUUUGGCUGUUCCUAACAGAAUUAAAGGCUGAAAUAGAAUGCAAUGCAUUCAUUUUAGAAGAUUUCAACACUCCACUCACUCCAAAGGACAGAUCAACCAGACAGAAAAUAAGUGAGGAGACAGAGGCACUGAACACAUUAGAACAGAUGGACCUAACAGACAUCUAAGGACACUCCACCCAAAAGCAGCAGGAUACACAGCUUUCUCAAGUGCACAUGGAACACUUUCCAGAACAGAUCACAUACUAGGCCACGAAAAGAGCCUCAGUAAAUUGAGAAGAUC